GCCAGGGACGUCAGCAUAAGCAACAAGUCCAUCCCUGCUUUCACAUAGAAGGAAAGGGAAGAGAGGGGGAGGACAAGGGGUCACUAAAAUUGGCUCAUUAUAUUUCAGGGAAGAAGCGGUCACAUUGUCCAGCAGCCUAUGGUUUCAACGGACGCGCGAACUGAAGGAACUAGUUUGACCGUGGAAAAUAUUUUGUGGUACCAGUGCCAAACUGCAAAAAGACACAACCCACAUCUCUUUCAUCGUUGGAUAUAGGCUACGCUUCUCAUUACUUCAUAUUGACGGUAUAUAGACUGUUUUGGCGUUAUAACUAAUCAAUGGAACGUGUGACAUUGUCCGGGUAGGUGGCCUACAGUAGGCUACGAGUUAAACAUUUGCAACGAUGUUAAACCGCCAAUCCGCAGCUCUAUCAAAAAUCCAAACUUUAUUUUUUCUCUGUGGGCUUUGUUUUGCGCACUGGCCUGAUUUGAAUGGGUCUCUAUAGUUCCGAGCCUCCGCUUGGCCUAAUCCGUUUGAGAUCAAAGCGGCGAUGUGCCAGUUACUAUCUGUCACGUUAACGUCUCGGCAAAAUUGAUUUACUACGUCGCAAUUAGGGUUCUUAUUAUGGUAGUGGAGAUUGAAUGUAUUCAAUAGACUUCAAUCUUUAGAUUAUGCGGCGUUGGGCAGUCAAGGGCACACACGGUUGGAAAAUGUGGACAUGAAUUAAUAAUUUAACACAAACACUUGAUUACACCAUCCUUUGUAAUAAUUUAAUGUUACAAGAAGAUAUACGAAAAUAGUGAUUAUUUUAAGAGUUCGUAUGCAAUUUUGUUUUAGGCUACCAUAAGCUCCUACAGCUAUGCUUUUAUAAAAGCACAGUGUCAGUUAAACAAGACGUAUGCCAACUGUUGAAUGGCUCUGUUGUGAGAUGUUGAUACACGGAAAGAUAUGAGAGGCAUUCCACCAGCGGUGGGAACCCAUGGGAACUGACCAGGGGUGCGAGCGCACAGACCGCGUGCACAUAAAACGACGGAUGUGCCUUGCCUGAGGACACACCCUUCGUGCACAUUCACACACUUUCUGUCUCGCAUUCUGCUUCUCUCCCUCAUUGUCUCACUCACAGAGCCUCUCUUCUAUGAGUUAUUCUACAGCGGAUACGCACGCGUGGUUUCCUGGGACCUGGGUGAUUCGCAUCGGUUGACCCUCAGCAAAGUGACUACAAGGGUUUGGAAAGCUUACGGACAGAGAAUGACACAGCAUCCAGUGGAUAAAAAAGUAAAAUAAGACAAAGCGCCUGGAAAAGCGGAGAGGAAGAUACCCCAUGUAUGUCUAAAUUGUAGUGCGUUUCACAAAGGAAAGAGAGUGUAGACGAUGAGUGUGUUUAGUGUUUUGAAGGGAGAGUGUGUUGUGCAGAGGUAGAGUGUAUAAUUGGGAUGAGAGCUAAAGUCAGUGAGCCAGCAGGUCGGACAUUCAAAGCCUCUUAACGGCAGGUGGAGGGAAGAUCGACCGGGUGGAGUGAGAGUGUUUUUAUUCUGUGGUGACCCACCCUGGACACCACACCAAGGGAGGGAGAAACCGGCGAGAGGGUUGACUGGGGCAGCCAGGCAAACUCCACAAGAGGGAACCUUGCAAGAGGAGCAAUAAUGCUUUCUGUGAAUUCCAGUACGAGACGAUGAACGGGCGUUCUGAGCGAGCUAAUGAAGGCCUUUAGAGGGGACACUGAGUUGUUUUAAGUCCUCGAUCUCGUGACAUUGAGAUGGAGAAAGAAAGAGCGCACGGGCGAUUCCGGGUUGAUUGUUCCAGCGGAGGCGCAGGCUGCAGCGCGAGGACAGAGAUAAGGACUGGUAGGCGGACUGUGAUUUUUCUCGUCGCGCUAGCUGUCCUACCGCAGCCGGUGUUGGCGGGGGGCAUGUUUGAGCUGCAGAUCCGUCACUUCCAGAACCCCCAUGGUGUGCUGCUGAAUGGGAAUUGUUGUGACCUCCAGGCCACUGGGGGGCAGGGUUGCUCUCUCAGGGACCAGUGUGACACCUUCUUCAAGGCCUGCCUCAAGGAGUACCAGGCCCGGGUCUCCCCGGGUGGAACCUGCACCUUUGGGGUGGGCAGCACCACCGUCCUGGGAGGCAACACCCAAUCCCUCCGUCAUCGAGGUCAUGAUGGUGUAGGAGGAGGAGGAGAUGGCAGUGAUGACACUACCGGGCACAUUGUCAUUCCCUUUAAAUAUGCCUGGCCGAAAUCCUUCUCCUUGGUGCUGGAGGCUCUGGAUCAUGACAACCAAACAGAACCAGGUCAGGCUGGUUUGAUUGAGCGUGUCCUCCUGUCCUCCAUGCUGAACUCGGGAGAGCAGUGGCAGACCUAUCGGCACCACGGACGAACCCUCAGCUUGGAGUACCGCCUCCGCUACCGCUGUGACGCCAACUACUACGGGCCCUUCUGCAACAACUUCUGCCGCGCCCGAGACGACUUCUUCGGACACUUCGACUGUGACCAGACCGGCAUCAAGGUCUGCAAAGAUGGCUGGACCGGGCCGGAGUGCGUGCAGGCGGUGUGCAGACAAGGGUGUCACCAGACCCAUGGCUUCUGCACAGUGCCUGGAGAAUGCAAGUGUCACUAUGGCUACCAGGGCGCUCUGUGUGAUCAGUGUUUGACGUUCCCGGGCUGUGUUUAUGGAAGCUGUGUUGAACCGUGGCAGUGUGUGUGUGACGUCAACUGGGGGGGCCUGCUGUGUGACAAAGAUCUGAACUACUGUGGUACCCACCAGCCGUGCCAGAACGGGGGCACCUGUUCCAACACAGAGCCUAAUGAGUACCAGUGUGAAUGCAGGGAGGGCUUCCUUGGGCGCAACUGUGAUAUUGUGGAACACGCGUGUCUGUCGUCCCCCUGUGGUAAUGGGGCCAGCUGCGUCGAGGACCCGUCUGGCUUCAACUGUGUCUGUGCCAAUGGCUGGACCGGACCCACCUGCCUAGAAGCGGUUCGGCACUGUGACUCCGGACCCUGUGGGCGUGGGUCGACGUGCCAGGAGUCUGUGGAGGGUUUCCAGUGCCUCUGCCCCCCUGGAUGGACCGGCAGGACCUGCCAACUGGACACCAACGAGUGUGAGAUAGGUGUGUGUAUUCAUGCCCGUACCUGCCGCAAUCUGAUUGGUGGAUACCUGUGCGAUUGCCUGCCAGGCUGGGUGGGGCCGAGCUGUGAUGUCAGGAACAACAGUUGCCAGGGUUUAUGUCUGAACGGAGGACGUUGCGAGGACUCUGGGUCCGGCUUGCACUGCACCUGCCUGCCGGGAUUCUCUGGGAGGGACUGCCGCACCAGCCCCAGUCUGUGUGACAGCGCCCCCUGUCAGCACGGUGGACAGUGUGUUUGGAAGGAGGGCAGCGCGGUGUUGUGCAGCUGUCCCAUGGGAUACGCUGGGAGGUUCUGUGAGGUGGCGGUGGAUCUGUGCGAUCCCAACCCCUGCCAGCAGGGGGUGUCCUGUCGAAGCACAGAGGGGGGGUACAUGUGUGCCUGCCCUGAUGGUUAUUACGGUAACGAGUGCAUGAGUCUUAAGGACCCCUGCCAAGGCCAACACUGUCCAGGUGAGCUGCAGUGGGACGACACAGGUGCCAUGUCAGGGCCGGCUGUGGGAGGAGUCAAUCUCUACAUGGUGUUGGUGGGCUUGUCAGCGUUGGUGCUGGCCUGCGGCUGCACAGCAUGUGCCCUCCUCCUUUCCCGUCUCCACCGGCGACGUAAAAAGACUCCGGGUGGACCCCAGGAGGAGGGCAUCAACAACCAGAGGGAGUCCGUCACGCUCAUUAGAAACCUGGAGCGCGCAGGAGCCGCGCCUCCCCCGCCACCUCUGACCCCGCACACCGCCGUUCGGAUGACAGCCCCUGCACAGCACUUCUGCGAGGAGAUUGAACUCACGCUGCCCCCAUCCCCGGCCCCAUCACACCCCUCCCCUGCACUUAAAUCCUCAAACCACGCCCCCAAACAGGACAUAUCCAAUCUGGAGCGGGAAAAGCUCAACCGCUUCCACCACUCGGACAGCCAGGAACUGGAGGUGUGACCUUUGAACUUUCAGGGGCUUUUAUUAUUUCGCGCCCACUGCAUAGCUUCCUGUGGUGGUGACCCCACCCUGACCCAUCUCUCCCUGACUUGACCCCUCAUCUUUUGUGAGCUGAGAUGUCUCAGGCUGACCUUAUGUUGGCUGAAAUCGGUGUAGAACGAUUGGCCUACAAAGUGGCUAAGCUGGUCUGAAACUAUUUUGGGGAUGGACUUCAUCAAGAAACAGUGUGGAGCUCAUCCGCAACCUCAUGCCCUCCUGACCUACUGACCGGGGAUCUAAUCCUGUGCAUUGGCCUUGAGUCAGGUUGGCCUGUGUGUCUCCGUGGGGACUGAAGGAGGGAACAACUGUGAGGACCCCUUGGAGCCAUUCAUGUGUCAAUGUCCAUCUGAUGUCACUCUACUGGCCUGGCUGGCCUAUCAUUGAUGACUGAACCUAGAGCUCCAGGCAAAGCGGAGAAAGGGCAAUGUGGUGUAACUUCUAACAAGUCCAUUUCCACAUUCAUUAUUUGAAGGAUAAACUGUGGUAUAAUUAUUGUGUGUGUGUGUGUGUGCGUGUGCGUGUGCGUGUGUGUAUCUGUCAGUGCGAAGUGUCUGUGACAACCAUUCCAGGCCUUCAUGCCUGUUGCCAGGGGAAAUAACAAUGACAAAAAAUAAUAAAGAAAAAGAACAGAAGAAGAAUGAUCAAUAAAUACAACUUUGUACUGUAUAAAAAAAAUGGAAAGGUUAAAAAAGAAUGGAGCCUGACCCCAAUCCAUUGAAUCAUGAAAGAACUGAAAUAAAACAACAUUUGUUGCCUGUGUCGUUUCUGCAACACAAAGAUGUAAAAUGUUUUUAUACCUAUGUGUACAAUGGUUAUUUUGUAUAUAUGUUGUAAAUAUCGAUAUUGCUCUUUUUGUACUGUGGUUUGUCUCUGAAGGUCCCCUUUUCACUUGGUUCUAUGUGUCCUUCCUCUCCAUCCAUUCGUCUGGGGAUGUCAGCAUGUAAA